ACCUGUUUACAGCCGUACCUAUAUAAACAAAAACCGGUAUUAAAUAACUUUUAAUUCCUAUCCGGAGACAAUUGUGUGUGGUGCUGAACGUGGACCGCGUUCGAAUUUUAUUUUAUUUAUUUUCCGUAAAAGUCUUCUGUGGACUUCUUCGCGAUGGCUUUGACCAUUGUGUUGGGGUUGACUAUCUUAAGUGUAGCAAACUAUGGUAAUACAUUUGAGUUUUCUGGACUUAACCCAUCAGUACAAAUCAAAUCACAAAUAAAACCAACCAUAAAACCAUUUUCUACACAGACUAAUCAACCUUAUCAAGCAGACCAAUUUAAGUCAGUGUUUGGACAAAAUACUGUACCUGUAAAGCCUUUUGGAGCCCCAUUUGAUCACUUUAAACCAGCUUAUCAACCUUAUCAACAACCAUUCAGGACAAAUUAUCAACCAUUUGGUCCUUAUCCUGGAUACCCAGGACCUGUUGUAUAUCCCGGCCAUGGUGGUUAUCAAGGACCAGAGGCUUACUCCUCUCCAUCUUACCGUUUUGAUGAACUUAACCACAAGCCAUUUGGUUUCCAACCACCAUUACCAGCACCGGUCCAGCCAACGUUCAAUCAAUACAAGUUUGGUCCAGCAAAAAAAUUCAAUAAGAAUUUCCCAGGAUUGGCCGAUUUCAAUCAACCGGGCAAAUAUUUCCAAGAACACCAAUUUGGAGCAUAUCACGGACCUGAAUUUUCCUCUGCUAUUGUGCCUGCAGAACACAAUAUUAAACAAUCAAAACCUAAAGAUACGUUUUUAGGCAAGCCAAUUUUUCCGACUUUACCCGAAUUCGGAUUACCUAAACAAACCAGCUUUGGAUUUCCUUCGCCAUCAUUCGGAUAUCCAGUACCAAACUUCCCACCAGUUCAGCCUUUUGUCAGCACCGUAAUACCGUCGGUGAAAAGCGCACCCACUACAGUCGUUCCGGUGGAUGCCGUAGACGUGGAAAAAAAAUUCGGUGGAGCUGAAAUCACUACCUCUAUCAUCCCGUUGUCUUCGGCUCAAGAUGAAUCGGCAACGGUGCAACAGAAAUCCGAUCAGGUCACGGGCAAGCCGUCGGAAGCGACGCCUGAAAGCCCCGCUCAGGAGGAGAUCACUACCGGUUUAGUCUCUGCUGCCGAAGACCCCGCAGCCGAAGUAGCGCCCAACAAUGAAGUGCCCGCAGCCGAAGUAGCGGCCAACAAUGAAGUGCCCGCGGCUGAAGUAGCGACCAACAACGAAGUUCCCGCAGCCGAAGUAGCGGCCAACAAUGAAGUUCCCGCGGCUGAAGUAGCGACCAACAAUGAAGUGCCCGCGGCUGAAGUAGCGACCAACAAUGAAGUGCCCGCCGCGGCCCAGGACGCCGCCCCGGCCAACGAACAAAGCGCACCACCGUCGGAGAGCAACGAACCCAUCAGCAGCGCCGAUAACGAUAAAAUCGCAUCCGUCCCGGAAAACCAAGAGCCCGUCGUGGAACUCGGCUCGGUCGUGGUAGCCCAAGAUGUCAAGGAGACCUCGAGCGCCGCACCGGCUGAGGUUUCAAACGACCCGAGCGAAUCGUCCACCGUCGGCGGAUCCGAACUAGUCACGGAGAACAAACCCAACGCCGGUGUUCCGACCGUGAGCCUGCCGGGUCUACCCGUCGAACUACAAAACUCGAAUUUCGGAUCCAUAUCGGACACGUCUUCUCUGGGUCUGUUCGGUGCAUCAGGAUUCCCACCGAACUUUGGACAGUCCGUUGGUGUCCAACAGCCGUCGUACUACCCCUACUUCGAUGCUCCCAAGUUCUCGGAUGAAGAACUGAAGGCGUUCGCAGCUAGUUUCGGAACCAAUGUCCCACAGUCUGGCCAGGUUGUCGGAAGCGCAGACCCAACAGUUAAAAUCACCGAGAGCACUUUCAGCAAUCCGUCGGCUGAGAUCGCUACCAAACUCGAAACUGGAGACAAGGUUGUAAGUGAUGUCAAAGCCGUGAGCGAAGAGAAGAAAACAACUGUUGAAUCGCAAUCCAGCAAAAUCACAGUAUCACAGCCGAAGUUAAAUACUGUACAAAUUAUCCAAGAUGACCCGUUCAACGGACAGUUGCCUUUGUUGUAUGACCCAUCCAACUCCGGCUCGCCCCUGGACACAUAUAAGUUCUACAACCACCCGUCCGUGUCCGCCUUGUCGUCUCAAGCAUCUCUGGCCUCGUACUCGCCCGAGUCCGCGUUCAAUAACUUCGGAACCCAAUUCCAUCAAGGCUACUUGGUCGAAGGAUCGCCCUCGUUGACACCGCUCACCAAGACAGUCGUGCAGUCCGACCAGACGCCGAUUUCCAUCUCGUCUCUGGACCAUCCGCUCCACAGCCAGGUGUUCAAAUACUCGCAAUCGUUCGUGCCGUAUCCCGGACUGGUGACCGGCAAUAACAACGCUGCCGCUUUCCAAACUUUCGACGUAUCGUCCACCGCCGCUCCGGUCGUCUCCUCCACCACUGCCGCCGCCGCGGCCGCUGACGUUUCCGUCCAGUCGACAUCCACUCCGGAUGUUGCGGUCGAGAGCAGCAGUGAAGUUCCAGCCGCCGAAACAGCUUAAGGUGUCCACGAUGUUCUUCCCGCCAUUCCCCUAUCUCCGGAAAUGGUCUCUUUACUUACUUUCCUCGUUCUUUCAAUAACAAGCCAUCCAACAUUGCCUUUGUACAAUAUAUUUGUGCCAAUUUCCACGAUGACUGAACACGGCGAUCUGUUCGCAGUACCGAAGAUCGGCAGGGUUGCCAGCCAAUUUCAAAAGACUAUAAAUACGUGCCUAUUGUAAUUAUUAAUUAAUAUUAUUGAACCAUGAUUAUGUAAUUUUUUUACACAAACGUAUUUAAAUACAAAUUACUGAGUAUAAUAAUAAUAAUAACCAUACCGUCUAAAAGCAUA